GACCUUCUUCUUCUUCUUCUUCUUCUUCUUCUUCUCUAUCAAGGCCUCAACUUCCGAUCCCAACCGCAAAUCCAAGAAUCCUUUGCUGCAGCAGUAACUGGGUCCAGAGCACACUCAUUGGAGCUAUCUCUGGUGCCCUAUCCUUUGGCUUGUUCUUCUCCUUGCCUUUUCCUCUUCCUUCUUCUUCUGCCGCCACUUCUGCACUUCUUGAACCUCCACCACGUUCCCUUCAAACAUGCCGUGAUGAUGUUGUUGAGCCACGACAAGAGGAGCUGCUUCCUGAGGUUGUCACCAAUGAAGGGCUUGUUCAAGAAGCUUGGCAGAUUGUCAAACAGCUUUCUUGAUGCUGGUCGCCACCGUUGGUCGCAGGAUGCUUGGCAGAUGAAAAGGGAGGAUCUCUUGAGUAAUUCCAUUCAGACAAGAUCAAAGGCACACCAGAUAAUCAAGCGAAUGCUUGCCAGCUUGGGUGAUCCUUAUACGCGGUUUCUUUCCCCUGAGGAGUUCUCCAAGAUGGCGAGGUAUGACAUGACUGGUAUUGGAAUAAACCUUAGGGAAAUUCCUGAUGAAAAUGGAGAACCCAGACUGAAAGUGCUUGGAAUCAUAUUGGAUGGCCCUGCUUAUUCUGCUGGUGUAAGACAGGGGGAUGAAGUAUUGGCUGUCAACAACAUGGAGUUAAAGGGAAAAUCAGCAUUUGAAGCAUCGUCCAUAUUGCAAGGUCCUAAUGGCACUUCUGUCACUAUUCAGGUAAGGCAUGGCAACUGUGGUCCUGUUGAAUUAGUAGAAGUCCAGCGGCAACUUGUUGCUCGUACACCAGUCUUUUAUCGGCUGGAACAAAUGGAUGGUGGUGCUACUCCUGUUGGGUACAUACGCCUCAAAGAGUUCAAUGCAUUGGCCAGAAAAGAUUUAGUUAUUGCAAUGAAGCGACUUCAAGGCAUGGGUGCAUCAUAUUUCAUAUUGGACCUUAGAGACAAUCUUGGUGGGCUAGUACAGGCUGGAAUUGAAAUUGCAAAGCUUUUCCUCAGCGAAGGAGACACGGUCAUCUACACCGUCGGGAGAGAUCCACAGUUCCAAGAAGUUAUUGUUACAGAUACUUCUCCUUUGGUUCAAGCUCCUGUUAUUGUUUUAGUAAAUGACAGAACUGCUAGUGCGAGUGAAAUAGUUGCUUCUGCACUUCAUGAUAAUUGUAAAGCUGUUCUUGUUGGAAAACGCACGUUUGGCAAGGGCUUAAUCCAGUCUGUAUUUGAGCUUCAAGAUGGAUCUGGUGUGGUAAUCACUGUUGGUAAAUAUGUAACACCGAAUCACAUGGACAUAAAUGGCAAUGGCAUAGAGCCUGACUUCCAGAAACUUCCAGCUUGGGAUGACGUCAACCGACAUCUUUCGCAAUGUAGUAUUCAUCACCAAGGAUAAUACAGGUUUCUUUGUAUUCUGUUGCAAACACUCAAUCAGGUUUUAUUGCUUCGAUUGCUAUUUUUGAAGAAUCUACUUGCUGGAAGAUACCAUGAACAUUACUUGCUCUCAACAUUAAUAAUAGAUGGAAUGUCCAAACGGUCUGCAUAAUCUUCUUGAUCACAAUGGCAAUCGACAUAAAGCUGUUCCAACAACCAGGAUUCAUUGGUGAGGGAUUGGUCUUUGAUUAUUGAACAUUUGUAAGUGUGUCAAUCAAGAUGAACCUCAAUUAUAUUUCUUGAACCUUGUUGAAUAAUGGAUAUGGGGGUGAGGAGUGAACUCAGGAAGCAAGCAAAAUUGUAUCAGUGCAGAACCGAACUAACUUAUACUUACUAACAUAGGAAACCCAAACUAUAUCAAAUUAACCAUUCAUCUUUCCCUUGGUGUAUAUUUUCUCCCCUUUCUUCAAAUUGGUUAUGUUGUAUUAUCAUAUCCAUAAACUGGUUGUAUUAUUCAUAUUGGUUAUAAUAAGUUGUUACGGUUUUGCAUUUUUCGA